AUGGACGCUUUCAGGCUACUGUACGCGUCCCAUGUCAGACCAAGACUUGAGUACGGUUGUGCGGUGACAUACCCCUGCACGGCCGGUGAACUGGCCAAGUUGGAGCGUGUACAACGUGCUGCCAGUAGACUCGUUGUUGUACUACGCGGACCAGCUAUGAAGGUCGCCUACAAGCUCUUGGUCUGUUCCCAAUUGCGUAUCGGUGCCUCAGAAGAGAUCUCAUCUGUCUGA